AUGAGUGAUAAUAUAUUUGAUAAUUUAUCUGGUAAGAUUUUGAUUGCUACUCCUUAUAUGUUAAGUGAAGUUAGUGAUAAAGUCGAUGAUAACCUUAUAAUACCAAUAUACCUUGGUGGCCCAGUUGAACAUGAACGAGGAUUUUUCCUACAUUCAGAUGACUAUAAUAAAAAUUUGCUUUUACAUUCUCAAAAUGAUAUAGCUGUAAGUUCUAAUCCUGAAAUUCCGCAAGAUAUUAUUUCUGGUAACGGGCCUAAAAAUACUUGGAAGGGUGGACAACUUGAAAACGAGCUAAAAAAUAACCUUUGGAUAGUAGCAGAUUGUGAUAAAGAAUUAAUUUUUUCAGAUAAUCCUGAAAAAAAAUGGUAUGCUGCUCUUAAAUAUUUAGGAAUAGAUAUGUCUUGCUUUGCUUCACAAAUGGUUAUCUAUCAGCAUAAAAUAUUGUUUUUAGGUAUAGGGGUUCUAACUAUCAAGAACGAGUAUCAGUAUAUAAUCAAUUCAAAGAUGACCAAUAUGAAGUUGGCGCUGUUUUAUUAA